ACGCCAUUUGCGGUGUGUAGCCGCAUGUAUAGAUAAACGUGUUAUAAAAUUGCGCGCGCGCCGGGCCCGUCUCGACACCGAGAGAGGGGACGCGACUGGUUUCAUUUGUUACCAACUGAUAUACGUGGCUUCAAGUCUAACAAAAACAGUCGAUUAUUUUGCCACAACCAUUCGCUGCAAGCAGGCAAUUUAAAAAGUAAAAGAAGUACUGGCCGCUUAGACGGUUUUUUGUUUUUUCUUUAUUCUUUUUUGAAUGUGACGUAUAACCUGCUGAAUACCGAAUUGUCAUUCGGGCAAGAAUUAUUUUGUUAAUUUUAUUAGUUUAAAUUUAUCUAAAUUUUAUUGAGUUUUGUGGAUAGAAUUAUACAGUGAUGGCGUGCACUACGUGUUUGAACCCGGAGGGCAAGCCCGUGAAAAUGAGGAAAGAAAAAGACACUAUGGGUGAAUUGGACGUGCCCGAUGACAAGCUGUACGGUGCUCAAACUGUGCGGUCUGUCAUGAACUUUCCCAUUGGUGGCAUCGAGGAGAGAAUGCCGUACCCUGUAAUUAUAGCCAUGGGCAUUUUGAAGAAAGCCGCUGCAAAAGUCAACAUGGAGUUUGGUCUUGAUAAGAAAUUAGCGGAGGCGAUAAUGCAGGCGGCGGACGACGUGAUAUCCGGCAAGUUGUACCGCGAGGGACACUUCCCCCUCGUCAUCUGGCAGACUGGCUCCGGCACGCAGAGCAACAUGAACACCAAUGAGGUGAUCGCAAACCGCGCGAUCCAGAUCCUGGGCGGUACUCUGGGCAGCAAGGACCCCGUGCACCCCAACGACCACGUGAACAAGUCCCAGAGCUCCAACGACACGUACCCCACCGCCAUGCACGUGUCCGUCGCUAUGGAGCUGCGAGACCGCCUCAUGCCCGGCUUAGUGGCACUCAGAGACACGCUAGACGCCAAGUCCAAGGAGUUCGAAAAGAUCAUCAAGAUUGGCAGGUAUACCAUUCGAGACGGCGCCGAACAAGUUCGAAGGUCUGGCGUGUCACGACGCAAUGGUGGAGGUGUCCGGCGCGCUGAACACCAUCGCCGUCUCCCUUAUGAAGAUCGGCAACGACAUCCGGCUGCUGGCGUCCGGCCCGCGCUGUGGACUGGGCGAGCUGAUGCUGCCGGAGAACGAGCCCGGCUCCUCCAUCAUGCCUGGCAAGGUGAACCCGACGCAGUGCGAGGCGCUGACGAUGAUCGCGGCGCAGGUGAUGGGCAACCACGUGGCGUGCACCAUCGGCGGAUCCAACGGACACUUCGAGCUCAACGUAUUCAAGCCCAUGAUGGUCGCCAACGUGCUGCGCUCCAUCAGGCUCAUCGGCCGACAAUCCAAGAUAUGCCGAUUUUGAAAAAAAAAACAUUUCAAUAAUUGUACAAGUAAAAUGUAACUUCAUACAUAUAUUUAACUAGACUAUGACUGUGAAAUACUGUUUUUAUAUGUUUUUGGGUAUAUUCGCAAUGUGUCAAAUGUGUAAGUAAAUGUAAAGUGAAGUUUUCACUAUUGUCAACUAUUUGUAUACUUUAAAUAUCGUAACCUAUGCACACGAAUAAAGGAAGUUGAAAUAAAUUUGUAAGAGUUUACAA